AGCACCGGCAUAAACCGGUCAGUGUCGAUCGCACGCCGUCCUAGCCGCCGCCACCGCGUGACUUUUCACGAAUUUCGCCGCGACGUUCCGUACCGCUGUUUUUUUUCUCGUUUAUGCGCUGUGCGAAAAGCGUCACUUCUCGCGGUAUUCGUUCGAUUGUAUUUGUUUAAAGGCCCAUCCUUUAUACGAUAUUAAUUCAUCUAUGUAUAGGUACACAUCGGAUCUAUACGUACGAUUCCGUUGUAACUAUAUAUAAUAUUCAUAUAUUAAACCAUACAUAUAUAUAUAGCGGAAAUAAAUUAUGUGUUGACAAUGUAAUUGUAUAUGAUUGCACUCAUCACAUUGUAUAUCAUGAUUUUACGUUUAUAUGCAACUGCAGCGGUGAUUUACAAUGAUACCAAUAUAUAGGUACAUGUAUAGCAAGUAUAUAGUACCAGUGUACAUAAUACAUGUAUAUAUAGGUAGAAUAUUAUUAUAUAGAUAAUAUACGAAAUUAUAAUACAUAUAUCGACGCGACGAGUGCGCGCGACCGAACCGAAUCGAAACUGCAUCUGCAGUAUACUAUUACAUACCUAGUUUUUUUAUACAAAAAUCCUUUACCUGUACACGUGCACCGCGUUUAUUGAUAUAAUUAUUGUAUCAGUGAAUAUUAUAAUGCGGCCGCCGCCAGCGUCAUCGGCGGCGAUUCCGACUGCAGUGACUGCGACUCAUCCGGACUGCACCGGCGACGAUCGCAAACCGCAGCAGCAUCAUUUGAACACGGCGACCGCGACGACGAUGGUCACGUGAUCAGGAUGCCGCGGCCGUGCAGAGAGACAUACGGCGACCAAAAGCCGCCGUACAGUUACAUAUCGCUGACGGCCAUGGCCAUAUGGAGCGCUCCCGAGAAGAAGCUACCGCUGUCCGACAUCUACAAGUUCAUCAGCGACCGGUUCCCGUACUACCGGAAAAACACUCAAAGGUGGCAAAACUCGCUGCGACACAACCUGUCGUUCAACGACUGUUUCAUGAAGAUUCCCCGGCGACCUAACCAGCCGGGCAAGGGCGCGUACUGGACCCUGCACCCCGACGCCCUGGACAUGUUCGAGAACGGAUCGUUCCUGCGGCGCCGCAAGCGGUUCAAACUUCCGGCCGCCGACCGGGCGCUGUUGGAGGCUACGUUCGGCCGGCCGUCGUCGUCGUCCACCGCCGGCGCCGGUGACUUUGACACCGAUUCGCCGCCGCUGCGGCCGUUGCCGAUCGGUUUCCAGCGGCCGCCGGCACUUCCGCCGUACCGGAACAACAACAAUGUCGUCGUCAUGUCGUCGUCGGACGGGGCGACGUCGCCGAUCGGCACCGAACAGUCGCUGUCGCCGCCGUCGAUGAUGCACCACACUGCCAUCGGCGGCACCGGCGGCGCGGCCUUCGCGACGGCCACUCCGAUGGGCAACCAUCACCUACUGCACCGGCAGCACAAGCCCAAACCGUUCACCAUCGAGAGCAUCAUCGCCCCGGGAGGCGACUGCAGACGUCACUCGUCCGACGACGAUGCGGCGGCGCCACCGACGGCCGAUGUCCCUCCGCCGCCGCCACCGCAGCCAUCGUCGUCGUCUCCUACGCCUCCGCCGUCGACCCCUACGCCGCCGCCGCCGUCGCGGACCGAACGUCCUCAUCGCCGAUAUCCGCCGCCGGUGAGUCUGCUACCGUCGCAGCCGCAUCACCUAGCCGACCAUCACCCGUCGCAGCAGUUCCUCCACGGUGCGGCCCACCAUCACCACAACGGCGCCGCCGCCGGAAACGGAUACGCGGAACUGUACGCGUAUUUGAUCCAACAACAGUCGUUCGCCGUGGCCGCCGCCGCGGCCGCUUCCAGCAUAUUCCCGGGACCGUCGGCGCCCCUGCCGCCGUUCCACUACAUGCCCCACCAUCACGUGACCAACGCCGCCGCCGCCGCUGCCGCGGCCACAGUCUUGCCGCCGUUCCCGCAGCUGGCCAACUUCUCAAACCUACACGACUGUGGUUUGGAAACAAUGGUUGGACCACUGAACUUUGCGAAGAGGAGACGAGACGAAGCAUGAAACUUAUUUUUCUCGAUGUCAAACCGUUUCGUAUAGACUUUUAAAUGGUAUAUUAUAUUAUGUACAUAUAUACGUACUGUUGUAAUUUUAUUAUAGCGUUUGAAUAUUAAAACGAAUAUGUAAUAUUAUAUUGUAUAAGGCAAAUUUUAGACGAACACCUUUUAUUAUAAUCUGUGUUUAUAUAGAAAACAAUAACAAUGUCAUAGCUUUAAUAAAACAUUUUUAUGUAUAACUAUAUGUAUAUUAUAUAUAGUGUCUAGUGUCUACCUAUUUACUGUAUGUCUGUAAAUUAUAUUAUUGUGUUUUAUAAAUUAAUGUUGUCAGUAGCGCGUUUUGAUGAUGAUGUAGAUAGCCCUGUCAGUUGUUAUUAUGUUUAAAAAAAAACUAUUUAAGAGAUAUUCAAAUAUAAUAAUAAUAAUAACACAUAAUAUUUUUGCUUCUAU